GAACCUCAGCAUCCAAACAGCCUAUCAAAUUGUUCUACACAGGGAGAGAGCACCCUCCCUGCCCGUGACAUUAAGCUGUCUGCCCAAUCAGAGUGCAGGGCUGUUACAACCAAUCAGGUGGCUUUGCUGUUCCUGAGCCUGUUCCUGGAAUGCCAGCCCUCCGGCCUUCAGACACACCUGCGCUUUUCAAAAGCUCCGCUGGUCUGUCGGCCACAGGUGCCAAAGAGGCAGGUCAGGAACACCCUCUGCGGCUUGAGGAAUGGAGCAGCAACGGGACGGAGCACAACGGGACGGCCAAUCUGCUGGCCCACAGGGUGGGCUGACAGUCCACACGAUGAACGUUCUCAAUGGUCUCCCAGCAAGUGGCAUCGAUGUGACCUUCUUCCGGCUCGAGGACUCUCCUCAGCCGUGGGUGCAGCUCACAAAGAGCGGGCGCUCAGACCUGAGCAGCGCGAUCCCCCGCAGGCUGGAGCCGGGCACCUACAAGCUGUGCUUCGAAACGGCAGCUUACUGGCAGCAGCAGGGCUACGCCAGCUUCUACCCCUACGUGGAAGUCGUCUUCACCGUGACGGAAGCAGAACAGAAGGUGCACAUCCCUCUGCUGCUCAGCCCCUUCUCCUACAGCACCUACCGGGGGAGCUAGCAGAAGAAGCGGAGCCGGGCCAGAGGCUGCCAGCAGCUCCACAGAGAUAAUAAAAGGCUGCUGUGAGCGCAAGUAGAAAGCCUUCCCGAUUAUUCCACAGGCACCAAGCCCUGGGCCUGCACACACACAAACC